GCCCUGCUACGCCUGCCCCGCUUCUCCUGUACUGCGCUGCCCCGAGCUCUGCUGCGCCUGCCCUGCGCUGCGCCGUGUACUUCCCCGAGCUCUGCUGCUCCUGGACUGCGCUGCCCGGGGCUCUGCGGUGUUGGACCUGCGCGGGGUGCGCGGUGCCUGCGCGGGACAGUGACAACGGGACACGGCCGAGAGGGACCUGCAGUAGCACCCGCGGGCGCUCUCUUGCUAGGAUGUGAUACGGUUUGGCUUGUGGAAGGAGCAGAAAACGGCCUUACUUUCCUCUGAGCAAUCCUGCUGUAGUAAAAAUAAAUUGACGUAAAAUAAAAGUACCUUAGGUAGCAUUAGCUGCGGGAAAGAAUGUGCCUCAGAGACUGCUGACCUCAGACCUUGAAGACCCGCUUUGCCAGAGCUGUGAUGGCCAGUCAUCAAGCAGAAGUUCAGAGUUUGAAGCUAGAUAAUGAUUCAAUUAUAGAAGGAAUAAGUGACCAGGUACUGGUGGCAGUUGUGCUCAGUUUCACUUUCAUUGCUGCUCUGGUAUAUACACUUUUAAGAAAUGAACAUCAGAACAUACAUCCAGAAAAUCAAGAGCUAGUGCGAGCCCUUCGUCAGCAGCUUCAAACUGAGCAGCAGGAUGCUUCUGCUGGUGACAGACAUCACUUCUACACAGAUAUGUCUUGUCCAGUCUGUUUGCAGCAGGCUACAUUUCCUAUAGAAACAAACUGUGGACAUCUUUUCUGUGGUUCCUGCAUUAUUGCCUACUGGAGGUACGGCUCUUGGCUUGGUGCCAUCCGUUGUCCAAUCUGCAGACAAACGGUAACACUGUUUUUACCACUCUUUGGUGAAGAUCAGCAGGAUGCAACCCGAGUAUUUCAAGAUGUUAAUGAUUACAAUCGGAGAUUCUCAGGACAGCCCAGAUCUAUUAUGGAAAGAAUUAUGGAUCUGCCUACUUUAUUACGGCAUGCUUUCAGGGAGAUGUUUUCUGUUGGAGGCCUCUUCUGGAUGUUUCGCAUCAGAAUAUUCCUCUGCUUGCUUGGAGCAUUGCUUUACCUAGCUUCACCUCUGGAUUUUCUUCCUGAAGCCCUGUUUGGAAUUCUGGGGUUCUUGGAUGAUUUCUUUGUCAUUUUUCUUCUGUUGAUAUAUAUCUCUAUCAUGUACCGAGAAGUGGUAACACAGCGACUGAAUAGAUGAAGUGGGCAAAAAUGCAGGAGUAGUUGUGGAAUGUCUGGAGAACUAUAACAUAAGUAUGAUAUAGCAAGGUGCCUGUGUACACUUUCAGUAGUUAAAUUUCAUAGCUGGUCAUCGUAUAAAAUAUGAAGGGGUAGGAUGUGGUGACGCUUAACUGGAAUCUUUAAUUUGUGUAUUGCAUAUGCUUCAUAAGGAUGAGGUUAGUUUUAUCAUAUAAGAAGCUAUGUUCAUCUACUUCUACCUGAUGAACAACUGUACGUAAUCAAAGAAGAAAACACAUUUUUGGGGUACAUGGUUUGUGAAAAGGGAGUUCUGGUAAAGAACUAAUACAAAAAUCUGUUCAGGUAAUCUAUAGAUAUCUAUAAGAAAAUUCAGAAAUUCUUCAUAGUGCAGUUGUCAUGGCUAAAUUGCUUAAUGUCUCCUUGUUUGUGAGCUAGGGUUUUUUAAAACAGAAGUACCUUUGUGUGUGUCUCUGGCAGAAGAAACCCAAGGAUCGCAUUACAGUUAUCACCCUGGCAGUUUGCAGUCGUCCACAUGCUUCACAAUAACAAGGAGAACACCUCAGUAUUGCUUGAACUGCAGUAUGUAUGGCUGCAUGCAAUUUCUACAAUUUUAUUUAUAUAGUUGGGAAUAUACACACAGUAUCUGGACAAAAAAGAGAAACUAAUAUUGAGGGCACUGGGUUAGUAAGUCUUCUAUUUAAAUGGGAGCAUGUUUUUUUUCUCCAGGCUUGUUUAGCAAGGUUUUUAUGCUGCUUUGGGUCCAUGCAGUGUAUCUGGAGUGAGACUGUGCAUUCCUUUAGUUGCAUUAAAGCACGUAGCCAAUGGAGAGAACCCUCACAUUUUAGAUAAUAGUAGAAGAAAAAAAAGUCAGAACUGGAUGUUUACACUACAGAAAUUUACCUGAAUGUACAUUUUGCAAUACAAGUAUUAAACAACUUAGAUAUUGAGGUGUUUGGUUUUCAGUUGGAGUUUGCUUGGUUGGUUGGUUGAUUUGGGUGUGGAUAGAGGAGGUUCUGAAUUACUUUCAUAAAGAUCUCCGAUAAGGGACCACAGAAAAAUCCUGGAAAUGUUUUCAAAAAUACCAGGAUAGUAAUUAUCCUAGAGUUGAUUAUUUUUUUCAUGAUGAAUUUGAAUAUAGGCUAUCAUAGCUACAGAAGUAAUUGAAAUACAGAAUGUUUGAAAAUAUUUCAAUUUUAAGACAUGAAUGCCACUAGAAUGGUUGAGAAUAUUCUAGACCUAUGUACUUUUUAGCUAGAGGAAUGAUAAUUGCCAUUCUAUUUUAGCUUCCUGAAUACUUGAAAGACAGUGAUCAGACAGGUGAUUCUUUGUGUGUUUACAUGUAUGGGAUGAGACAUAGAAUGAAAGGGACCUUUUCACAACAUCUGUGUUUUGCCCAUGCAGGCAUCCUUGCAUAGCUUCUAGCGUCUAGGCAUGUGCUAAAAGAUGAUAGAGCUGGCACCUGACAUGUCGUGGUUGGGCUUGGAGAUUGUCUUUGGUGUCACUGUUUUAAAUGGCAUUCAUGUAAAACUAAAUUCACUGAUUCUUCGUUGGAAAAUUUGCUCUUGAAAAUCCAAAGACAUUUUACAAAUUAACUGGAAAGCUAAUUUUUUUUUUCCCUUGUUGCUGUUAGAGAUGGGCAAGAGGAGAAACAGGAAGUGAAACAAGGAUGGGAGGAGAAGAGCAAGACAGAAAACAACAUUUUUGGAAGUAAAUGCUAUUGGUUGUGGAAACUAACUGUUCCUGAGCAUUUUAGUAGAACUUUUCCCUUUGUGUUGGCAUUGCUAAUGUAUGGUGAUGGUUUAGUGGCUACCUCUUUCAAAAGUGAUUAAGGUAUUAUUGAGGAAGUGUGGGAUAUUCAUGAACUGUUAGGUAUAUAUACAAAGCAAGAUAGUAGUUUACGAUCUUAAGUAAGACAGGACUUCGCAGCUUUGCUGUAAGCAUUGUUUUGGUUUUGUUGGUUUUUUUUCCCAAGAGACUUAACAGUGAGAAAAAUCCAGAAAAAGUAUUUUUAACUGAGCAAAUUUAGCAUCCCCUUUUCUCCUGGGGUUUAACUUGUGAGUCUGCUUAGAGAAGAGUAUGAACUGCUGUUGUACAACAGCUGGAGUCUGUUCAUGGAAUCUGUUGAUCUAGUACUUCCUCCAUAUCCUUAUCCUGUGAUUGUGUUUAUACUUUUCCUCAUGACUCUUUAAGUCCAGGGUGGAUAUAGAUGUACAUGAAGCUGCUUACUGAUUUCUUUUCAUUGAGCUUCCCAAUUCCAUAUGCUACUGUGAAGUUCAUGCAGAAGCAUCCAUCUAAGGGAUCUGCUCCUGAAGAACAGACCUUCUUGUGUACCUGAAAUCAUUUACAAGCCACAUCUGUGUAGCUAUAUAAAGUUUACCUGUGUUCUGUUUCUUCCUUCACUACAGUUCUGCUAGUCCGAAGGGUGUCAGUCAAAGGCUGCUACUUACUUUUGAAUAA